GAAACCGCGUGGUGGGAACAAAGACACGUGGUGAUGUGUAUACAUACAUCAAGUGUGCGAUUUGCGGCAAGUUUCAAAUUCGACCGCCAUGGGACGCAAGCAGGUCGACACGAGCCAGCGUCCCACGACAACCGUGGAUCCGUCCGAGCCGACCGAGGAACCGAGUCCCAAGCACUCGACAUCGAACAAGCUGCCGAAACAGACCGCGUACUGGCAUCUCUCGCGUUCGUUCGUGGGGUUGUCGCUAUUGGCAUGCGGCUACGCGUUGGGGUAUCUUGGCCACGGGACUCCAUCGCCGCUUGCUGGUCCCCAAGUUGCGCCGCCGCCACUGCAGCGAGUGCUGAAAGAUGGAGUCGCCCUGGAUGCAGAUGGCAAAGUAUUUCCCAAGUACGAAACCGACAUCGUCCACGUCGGCGGGCAGCACUUCCUCGACCCCACGCCAACGUGUCCGGACCUCCCUGUGUCGAUCCUCAGCCCCCUCGUGCACAUCAAGGACGCCAUGUUCCCGGCGACCCCGCUCGCGAUCGACAACCGAGUGUUCUUCCUGCUUAAUGGGCAAAGCCAUGGAAUCUACGUCACGUGGAAAGGGGACGCCGAUUGUUUGCACGCCGCCGCCAAGACCGCGGCCCUUGCUCUCGGCGCCGAUCGCGACCGUCUUGCGUACGGACUCCGGCUCUUCUCCACGGAUGGCUUCUCGAUCCCGUCUCCGUCUGCGUUUCCGUCGUCCCGCAUUGCGCACAUCCUGCUCGAGUACCAGCUGUGGGUGUGGCCAGCCAUCGAGCUCGGCCACGAGCGCGUUGUCGACGGUCGUGUCAUCCUAAAGACCGUUGGAAUAUCUCCUCUGGUGUUUUCCGUGCGCGAAUUCUUCAACGAGUCGGAGGCGUUGGCGAUCAUCCAGGCGGCGGAAUCGAAGCUGACACGAUCGAAAGUGAACGGCAAUACGACGAGCUCUGUGACGUCGAGCCGAACGAGCCACACGGCAUUCCUGACCCCGAGCCCACUCACUCGGGACUUCCAGAAGCGGUCGACAUCCCUAGCUCGACUUCCGAGUCCUGCGUACGCUGAAGGAUUGCAACUUGUCCGGUACGAGGCGGGCGAGUUCUACCGCCGGCACCUGGACACGUUCGAGAGCGUCGAAUACUUACCAAAGGGCUACUACAACCGGAACCUGGACGACUUCAAGGCGUGGGUGACAUGGGCCCAGACGCAGCUCGCGACUCUCGACUCGAUUCCGGCAGGGUUUAACAUCGGCGACGCAUUGUACCCUGAUGCUGACGACGACACGGGGUUCGCUCUGGCGCUGGUAGACUUGUUCGUGAAAGAGGGGACGGCCGAAAACUACUUCGCCGCCCGGUACGACUCGGAGUGGGUCACGUGGAUGGAAGGGAGGGUCGCAAACAAGUCAUCGGGAGUUCUUCACGCAAUACUCAAAGACAAGGGGAAGCCGCACUACUUGGACAAAAUGAUUCAAGUGUGGGAAGCCAAGCUCGGCAACCUCCCAGCGCUUCGAUACACGUUCCCCAAGCGCGUGCGCAUCAACGGCGUGUCGCAUUUCUACCAGUGGGUCCGAUGGGCAAAGGAAUCGAUCAGUGCCCUUGGUGGUGACGCCACACCGGCCCUCGCGCAGCCAUGGGCCAAGUAUUAUCCAAAGUACUCGUGGAGGUUUCUCACAGAGCUGGCGGGGAUCGUCCAAGACGAUCUGUCCCGCGAGUACCUGGUCCACCAAAUGAACAACGACUGGGUCGACUGGCUCAUCACGAAUCGAAACGCGAGGGACACCAUGAUCAAGAUCUUUGCCACGUUUCCCCACAUGACCGAGGUCGCCAUCCGGGCGUGGGAGAACCGCGUUGGCGCUGGAACGGCGCUGCACUACAACAUGCCUGCGUUCGUCAAGCAUUUUGAACCGAAUCGGUUUGUCACGUUGUUUUUGUACUUGAACGACGUGGAAGAAGGCGGCGAGACCGUCUUCCCCCACUCGAAGGACCGGUUGGUGACGGGAAUCGAUCGUACCGGGAUGGACGAGUGCUCGGAAGGUCUUGCCGUGCCGCCGACGAAACUUCACGCGUCGCUGUUUUACGUCCAAACGCCGGAUCAAGACAUCGAUGCCAUGUCCAAGCACGGGGGCUGCCCGCCCAUGCAGGGCGUCAAGUGGGGAAGCAACUCGUUCAUGUGGAAUGCCGACGCCGAGGAAGGCGCUGAUAUCUGGACGCAAUGAGGAUCGUAGAAUGAAAAAUGUGUCUGUGCUUUGCCCUAGCGGCGUCCAUGGCC